GGCUUAGAAGAAGGUGGUGAUGUCGAGCGAGAAUAUAAGAGAUCUCCAUAAAGGGAAGAUCAUUGGCGGACGAUGGCGUCUGGUCUCUAAGAUUGGCGAGGGUGCAAUGGGAGCAAUAUACAAAGUAGAAGACAGGAAAAGAAAGAACUUCUGCGGAGCGUUAAAGCUGGAAAGCGAUCUGUCUGAAGGGGGAGUUCUGAAGCUAGAAGUUUUCGUUCUCAAAAAAUUACAGGGACUGAAGCACACAGUAAAGUUAUACGACUCAGGGCAGACAAACAAAUAUUGCUUCAUGGUGAUGUCACUCCUUGGAAAAGAUUUGUGGAGGCUAAGGGUAGAAUCGAAUAAGCCCUUUUCAGAGUCAACUACUCUGAGGGUAGCAAUCAAUACACUCUUCGCUAUAAAGAAGGUGCACGAACUAGGCUAUGUUCAUAGAGACAUCAAACCAGGAAACUUUCUUAUAGGUCGAAUAGGCCGAGAAAAGCGGAUACUGUUUUUGAUUGAUUACGGAAUGGUACGAUCCUUUGUAGCCACAGAUAAAGAUACAGGCAAGUUAGCGAUACGUCAACCUCGAGAUGGAGCGCAACUAUUUCGGGGAACUCCAAAAUACUGUAGCUUGAACUGUCACUAUAGAAAGGAGCAGGGACGUGUUGACGAUCUUUGGUCAUGGCUAUACAGCCUCAUUGAAAUUCAUUGCAAGUUACCGUGGAGUGCGCUUCUAGAAGAAAACAAAGUUUUACCUAUCAAAGAAGCAUGUUCAGAAAAUGACCUACUUCGCAGAUGCCCAGAAGAAUUCAGAAAGAUCUAUCGGUACCUAAAAACACUGAAAUACGAGGAUAGACCAGACUAUUAUGGGCUGUUUAGUGAGUGCAUGGCUGGCCUAAAGCGAGUUCGUGGAUCGUUUCUAGACCGAUACGAAUGGGAGACAGAGAUUAAAGAUGACAUGGAAACAGCCUUAUCAAUAUCGGACGAAGACAGGAAAACACACAAGCCAGUUGGAAGGAACAGAAUUGCGCAGAAGAUCUAUCCGUUUGCAACAAAAGAAGUUUUCAGAGAAAAUAUACUCAAUUUAUAA